AAAGGAAGCUUUUAGGAGAUAAUUUUCCUGGCUAAUUGCUAUUGCCUUCGUCCCGAAUGCCCACUUGCUCAACCUUCCUCUCAGUGAUUGAUGUGGGUGAGGAGAAACGAAAUGGAUGAGACUUGCUUUCAAGGCGCCCAAGUCAUCCAAACUGCCGACACUCUCACAAGUUGGAAGGUGCUGCAGGACCCAUGAUGCCUCCGGUAGGGAUGCGGAAUGUAGUGGAUUGUGCGUGUUGAUGAUGUGCCGUGAGGAAGAGUUUCCCACUUUGGUUUCUUUCCGUCUCUUCUUCUCUCUGACCAAAUUUAUCAAACAGGUGGUGCCCAUGAGAAGUGGGUGAUAUUCCUAUAUUCCUAUUUGCCCACGUCAUAAUGGUUGCGUCCGUAAUUAACCAAACUGAGCAGGGGCAUUACUGGACUUUCACGCUCUGUGGUAAAAGCUAAAAACACGUUGGUAUCCAACUCAGCGGGUCCAGGCGCCCCAAUUCUAGAGUUUCUUUUACCCAGAUCGUUCGAUUCACAACCUUCCCAACACGACAUUUCUCCGGAGGACCUCCGGCGGUUUCCACCCUUGUUCCGAUCAUAUUCCGGUUGGUGAGAGAUUCAGAUCCAAUAUGAGCCAGGUAUUCGAAGGAUACGAGCGUCAGUAUUGCGAGCUUUCCGCGAAUUUAUCGCGGAAAUGUACUGCUGCCAGUCUUCUUAAUGGGGAGCAGAAGAAGCAGAAGGUUUCUGAAAUAAAAGCUGGAUUGGAUGAUGCUGAUGCUUUGAUCCGGAAAAUGGAUCUUGAGGCAAGGAGUUUGCAGCCAAGUGUAAAGGCUAUGCUUCUUGCUAAGUUAAGAGAAUAUAAAACUGAUCUAAACAAUGUGAAAAAUGAGGUUAAAAGAAUCACAUCAGCUAAUACCAAUCAGGCUGCCCGAGAUAAUUUGCUGGAGUCAGGAAUGGCAGAUACAAUGACAGUUUCUGCUGAUCAGAAAACAAGGUUAUUGAUGUCGACAGGUAGAUUGAAUCAGUCUGGUGACCGAAUUAAGGAGAGUAGAAGAACAAUGCUUGAAACAGAAGAACUUGGUGUUUCAAUCCUUCAAGAUUUGCAUCAACAACGCCAGUCUCUCCUACAUGCCCAUAACACACUCCACGGAGUGGAUGACAAUAUUAGCAAAAGCAAGAAGAUCCUGACGGCUAUGUCAAGAAGGAUGAGCAGGAACAAAUGGAUCAUCGGCUCCGUAAUUGCUGCCCUAGUCCUUGCAAUCAUUUUGAUCCUUUAUUUCAAGCUGGCUCAUUAGCCCAUAAAUUCGAAUUGUUCAGCCUUCGACAUUAUCUUGGAUUGGUGUGCGUAAUUGAAUGCACUCUGAUUUCUAUAUAAAUUUAUGUGUGCGGCAUUGGGUGUCUGCCUUACAUCUUAUGUUUUCAAGCUCUCAGUUCUUUGCCUUAGUUAUCCUGUCCUUGUCUAAACAUAAGGAACUGGGCAUUGAAAAAUCAAGAAGCUUGUUCUCGUUUUGCUUUCCAUCUGUUCCUCGGCCUUUUGGGUCAUGUUUUGGAGAUUGUGUUGGACUUGGUCUUUGGUGUUGUUUCGGUUGUUAUCUUUGUAUAGUGUUUUUGGA